CACAUGCGCAGUCAGGGAGCAGGAGAGUGAGAAGGGAAGAUUAAUAUCAACAAGCUGAGUUUAUAACUCGGGAGAAACUUUGCCGCUUUUUUACGAACACGAUUAACUUUACCACGUUUUUGUGUUUCCAGGGUCACAUAUAUCCCGUGUAAGUUAUGGGGGAACAGAGUGUGUGGAAGUGGUUUGUUUUUGUGCUCAAACUCGGUGGCUAGUUGUUGCUGUUUCCAGGAGCUAAUGCUAACUUUGCUAACUUUACUCGAGUGGACUGAAGUGAAGUCAUUUUGAGGAAACGCUGCUUUAAUAUGUUCACAAAUCUCUCCGUGUUCGGCUCUAACGCUGUCGCGGGUGGAGUCAGCUCGUCUGCCGGCUGCUGUUGACUCGUCUCCGGUAGUUUUAUGCAUCCGCUCGCAAUGCUCCUCCUGCAGCUGCUUCCACCUGUCAUUUAGCCGCCGCCGCCGCUGCCUCCUGUCACCCGAUGGCUCACUGCGGUGUUCCCGCAGAGCCCGGCGCUAAAAAGCCGCAGGCUCCGCGCCAGGACGCGAUCGUGUCGCCGCAGGGUAGCGCCGCCGUCGACCAGAGUAUGAAGCCGGUGUUGUUCGAGGUAUUCGGCGAGAUCUGGACCGUCCAGUCGCGCCUCGGCCAGGGAGUAUCGGCCUCCGUGUACCGGGUCAGCUCCGGCAGAGCCACCACCGCCGCCGUCAAGGAGUUCCAGGCCGACACUCAGGGAGGAGAUUACGCCUACCACAAGGAGAGGUCCGUGCUGGAGGACAUCCAGGGACACAAAAACAUCGUGACACUGUACGGCGUCUUCACCAACCACAGCUGUAUGGGCGUGUCCUCCCGCUGUCUGCUAUUGGAGCUCCUGGAUGUCAGCGUGUCAGAGCUGCUGGUUCGCGGCACCAGUAGUUCUCACAGUGGUCGACCCCAGCAGGGUCACUCCAUGUGGCUUCUUCAACACUGUGCCAGAGACAUCCUGGAGGCUCUCGCCUUCCUUCAUAAGGAGGGCUAUGUCCAUGCUGACCUCAAGCCACGCAACAUCCUGUGGAGCGCUGACGACGAGUGUUUUAAACUCAUUGACUUUGGCCUCAGCUUCAAAGACGGAAACCAGGAUGUCAAGUACAUCCAGACAGACGGGUAUCGAGCUCCGGAGGCCGAGCUUCAGAACAGCCUGGCUCAGGCGGGGGUGGAGGUGGAGGGAGACUCUGGCUGCACGGCUGCUGUGGACCUGUGGAGCCUGGGCAUCAUCCUGUUAGAGAUGUUCUCAGGAAUCAAACUCAAAGACACCGUCCGCUCGCAGGAGUGGAAGGAAAACACUGCUGCCGUUGUUGACCAUUUGUUUACCAGCAACAGUCUGGUUUGUCCUGCCAUCCCGGUCUAUCACCUCAGAGACCUUAUCAAAAGUAUGCUUCUCAUAGACCCAAAGCAAAGAUGCACAGCUGAAGCUGCUCUCCUGAGCCCCUUCUUCAGUAUUCCCUUUGCGCCUCACAUCGAGGACCUGGUCCUGCUGCCCUCUCCUGUUCUGCGUCUGCUCAACCUGAUCGACGACAGUCACCUGCACAAUGAGGAAGAAUAUGAAGACAUCCUGGAGGACAUGAAAGAGGAGUGUCAAAAGUACGGCUCAGUGGUUUCUCUGCUCAUCCCCAAAGAGAAUCCAGGAAAAGGACAGGUGUUUGUCGAAUACGCCAACUCCAGUGACUCCAAAGAGGCUCAGCGGUUACUGACCGGCCGCACCUUUGACGGGAAGUUUGUCGUGGCGACCUUCUACCCUCUCAGUGCUUACAAACGAGGUUACCUGUAUCAAACUGUGCAGUGACUCAAGUCCUCGACUCUCAGUUUACACCUGACUGAUGAAAACGAUACUGCAGCUGCACUAUAGAACGGGAAGAGAGAAGUUUACACGAGCAGUUUAAAAUUCACUCCGUCAUGAAUGAGUUUAGUUAGAGUUGUGUUUGUGAGGCGAUCUCCGCUGUGCAGAUCGUACAGUGCGCAUUCAUCCAGUGCUUUAUGGUGAACUGAGCUCUGAGGACAGUUCUUUUCUUCCAGUUCACUCUCUCAUUCUCUCUCACUUCUUUGCAUUUAAAUAAUCAAAGCUGUGAGAGCGUGUCUUUGCGAUAACAAAAAGGUCUUCAGAACAAAAGUCUGGUUUUGUGCGUUCACACCGUAAAUUAAGCGAUGUUUACUUUUUUUUCACUCACCAAAGUGACACCAGUAAAAACACAAAUGCUACUAAUGCUAUGUUUUUAUCCUAUUCAAAAAAACAUCAAUCAUCAAAAUAGCUGUUGAUUAUCAAUUAUUUGAGUAUUAUAUUUUUAUUUUAUUUUAUAAUAUUAUAUUAAUUGCAACCGUAGUUGCUACUUUCUUGGACUGCAAUAAACAAUGGAAAUGAAAAUGUCCACAAAACAUGAUAUGGAUCAAAGAAACCAGAAAUUCACAUUUAUUAAGCAAAACAAUCAGAUGUUUUGGAAGAAUCUCAACACAGUUUGGCUUCUGCGACAUGGCGUCAUGAUUCUCACUUCUCUGCAUUGACAUAAUUGCACAAAACAUUUGUAUCAUCUUCAGUGUGAACACACCGUCAGGUUUAUCUGCUUUAUCUCAUCAGUUGAGACUGGUGUGUGUGUGUGUGUGUGUGUGUGUUUACCUCCCCGUAGAAUAUUAGAAUUAAUAGGAGUCUAAUGACUCAAAUAUGUCCUGUGGUGAAACUGAGUCAACUGCCCUGUUGAAUUAAUGAUUAUUACCAUGUCAUUACCAUUCAUGUAAUUGUUGCCUGUUAAUAUGUAGGGCUGGGUACCGCUGCUGAUUUUUCUGAAUCAAGUUCCUAUUCACAAUUUUGAAUAUCCAUUAAUUUAGCGAUAUUUCAGUUUUUUUUAUAUAUAUUUUCACAGCAUUGAUGCUGCAAAUUGUAUAAAAUCUGCAUCUCAUUGAAAAUAUUUGUUUACAUGAAAAAACUGACCCCAAAGUUGUUAAAUGAAUGCACUUUUUAUUGAAUUUGACCACACAGUGUAACUCUGCAGCACAUUCCUCAUCAGAAGAAGACAACGACAAUAGGAAAAACAAAUAAAAUCGUCAUCCUGAGCAACAAUCCUCUAAUUGAGGUUGAGGCUGUCGUCUACACGUGUUCUCGGGCGAGGUUGAGGCUAACAAGUGACGUGACUUCCGCACCAUAUUUAAAAUGAUAAAUCUUAUCCAAGGAUUUUAUGAAUCUAUAUUGGACCUUCCAAAUUAAAAUGUAUAUGAAAUUUUAAAUUUUUUCUUUUUAUUAUUUCUUUUUAUUUAACCCAGCCCUACUCAAUAUUUGUUAUUUUGAAUAUAAAUAGGAGAAGGUGGUACAUGGGGGAUGUACAGGCAGCCUUCACUGGCUCCUCAGGCAGUUUUCAGGUACAGAUAUUCUGGUAGUUUUGUUUUUGUUUAGUUUUUUCACUCUCUGCCAGUAUCUGAGCUCACUGCACUCUGACCUGUAGCCUUACUAGAGCGCUUUAGCUUCUUUUUUUUAGUUUCUUAAGUCUCCAAACUGGGAGAGAAUUUAUUUUUAUAGCGUCUCUUGAACUUGACUGUUGUAGAAAUUGUUGAGUUUUUCCUGACGUGUGCGAUGAGCUCACUCUGUCACACUGGGAAGCAUCAGAUGAUUUCUACACAAGUGCUCCAUCAACUUCACAAGCUAGCUAGCUAACUAACCAAAAUGCUACUACAACAGCAGGUUGUUUUCACGUGUGUGUGUGUGUGUGUGUGUUUGAUGCUAACGUAGCUGAAGCAGAUGCCUUAGAAAGUGUUUCCCUUCCAGCAGCUGCAGUGCUGCUCACAAAGAAAACCACGUUACAUAAACAAUGAAGGAGCAAAA